CACCCACUGGGCAACCUAUUUGAUGAAGUCAUAGAGCGCCAUCUGGUGUCUGAUUUAGAGUAUCACACUCUUAGCCAAAAAAACACCUGAAAUUCAUCACACAUUUCAACACCUCUAACGGGUCUUAAAGAUGAUCAGGGUGCAGUUUUUUGUCGCUCAGUUGGCGUCGAUGAUAGUGGCGAUAAUAACUUUUUGUAUUAUAGCGAAACAGUCAUUUUGUUUAAUCUUUAACAUACACUUUUAUUAUUUGAUAGUGUAUUGUGGUUGUUCUUUGCAAGUUGUUGAUAUUUCAUCACGAAAGGUUUUAUCACGGUGGUCUAUGAAUCCAUUUACGAUUGGGGCAAAGCUACAUCCGCACAAACAAACGUUGUGAGUCUUUUAAUAUCAAUGAACGUUUCCUCACCUCACCUGCCAGCUCCUUAUUCGCCGAAAUAUUCGUUCCACCUUAAAAAUAGAUGCCUGUUUAAUGCGCCUCCCUCUCGAUUUCAUUGGCUUUGUAUUUAAAGCAACAGCGGCGCCAAAACUUUAAGGGUUGAUGUUAUCCAAUAUGGUGCUUGAUGAAAUGUUGCUGGUCGAAAGGUUGCCGGUUGAAAUGAAAACCUGUUUUGUCGAGAAUGACUCUAUGUUUUCAGUAGGUCUGUCUGAUUUGUCCAGCUCAUCGUCCGUGUCUGACAAAGCAUGCGUGGUUUGGGGCUGUGUACUCGGUGGUUCCGAGACCACAGCUGUCUUUAAAGCAGAUGAUGAUCUUCUGGAGAACCAGCUUUUCAUCAAAACGAUAUGUCUCGGCGAGGAAGCAGGAGACGAGAUGCAUGUGGUGACCGUUUGCGACGGGGUCGGAUCCAAACCGUUACCAAUUGCCACCCUACGCCACUGUAUGCCAAUGAUCAGUUUUUCUAGUUUGGAACUUACACCUCCUGUCACCUUUAAACUGUGCACUGGAAAAGGACCCGUGUAUAUUUCUGGUCAGCAUAUUACAUUGAAUCCCAUUGAAAUGACAGCGGAUGAGGAUGAGGAUGAGGAGAAAGAGGAGGGUUAAGAUUGUUACAUGCCAGUCAUGUGUGGCUUUGCAAAGUUUUAUUGGACACUGUGAAAGCGUGAUUAUCCCGUGGGGAGGAAAAAUGUAAUAAUCUGUCAAUGUUUGUUAUUACUCGUGUUGAAAAAUUGUAAAAACUUAAAUGUUUUAAUGCUAAUAAAAAACAGCAAGUCAUG